UGCUGUAUACGUCAUCACGCAGCGUCUGUAGACAAACGGCAUGCUAGCUGAAAUUAUCUGGUUAUAAAUAUUCCGCUUUUUUCGAUCAAAAAUGCCACCGACAGACAACAAAAGGAAGAAUAAGAACUUUAAAUUAAAAGAUGGCAGUUUGAGGAAAACAAAAAACAUGGCGGCUAACGUUAAAAAAAAGAGGAAAUGGAUCCCCGAGCACAAACUGUUUCAGGGCAGCGUUAAGGAAGGUCAAGGUUUUGCUUUCCAGAGAAAGCAGAAAGUCCAACACGAGUACAACAAACUGAUGCGAAAGGAGAGGAAGAGGAACCCUGAGUCCAAAGUGCUUUACAAAGAUGAGUAUCCAGAACACCUCAAGCAUCUGUACAUGGCAGAGGCAGAGACACUGAGCAAAAAAGCCUGGGAGAACAGAGUGAACAGGAGUAAGCUGAGAAUGAAGAAGCAGGGGAAAGAGAUGGAUGAAGACGAAGCUGUCGCAGAUGAAGAUGUGACUGGUGAAUCUGAGCUGGUAGAUUCUGCAUCUGGCAACCCUGAACCAUCAACAACCUCGGAGAAAGAAAGUCUUCCAGUAAGCAACCGCAUGAAGAAGAAAAUGCAGAAGAAGACAUCGUACCAGAAGACAAAGGAGGAAUUUGAGAGUAUCCGAGAAAAACGGAAAAAGAAGAAAGAGGAAUACCUGAAGAACCAGCAGCAGAGAGAAGAAGCCAUCCAGAGGUACAAACAGAAAAAGAUGGAGACAUUCCAGAUGCUGAGCAAAAAGACCAAGAAAGGACAGCCUAACCUGAACCUCCAAAUGGAGUAUUUACUUCAGAAGAUCCAAGGGACUAACAAGUGACUUCUGAAUCUGAACUAGUCAAAGUGACUGAGUUUGCUUUUUAAAACCUGAAUUUGGGGGUGUGGUUUCGCAUCCUGAGACACGGGAACUUUGCUGUUGUUGACUGAUCAGAACAUUCAUUUCUUCUAAUUUUGCAGUGUUGAAGAUUUUACUGCAGCUCAUUUAGUUUUCAAACCACAAGAUGGCAUUGUAAGAUAUGAAAAUAUGUGCAGGUCUUAUUAAUAAAUUGAUUAUUUUCAAUGGA